CCGUCUCAGAUGGCCGCGUGACGCCGGCCCGGUGAGCGCGGCCAUGACCUCCGACUCGGCCCACCACGUGCGGCUGCUGGUGCUGGGCGGGCCGCGCGUCGGCAAAACGUCCAUCUGCCGCCGCUUCCUGUACGGGGAGUUCGAGACGCGCUACCGGCCCACCCUGGAGGAGCAGUACUCGCGCACCUUCCAGCUGGGCGGCACGCGGCUCGAACUGGACGUACUGGAUACGUGUGGCGACAACAGCUUCCCGGCCAUGAGGAGGGUGUCGAUAGCGCACGCGCAGGCGUUUCUGCUGGUGUUUAGCGUGGACAGCCACUCGUCGCUGCUGCAGGCGGCCGACUGUUUCGGCGAGAUCCGCCGUCUGCGGGACGACUACCGCGAGGUGCCCACCCUGCUGGCCGGCAACAAGAGCGACGUACCCGGCGACGAGCGCCAGGUGAACAGCAUCACCGCCUCCAACUGGUUCUUCUCCAAAAUGUCCGCAGAAAGGGGCCGCUUCCUGGAGUGCUCGGCGCUGCGGAACACCAACGUCACAGAGGUGUUCCGCUCGUUCCUGGUGCUCGGUAACAUCCCGACCGUGCCGGGGCCGAGCACGGCCGUCCGGCGGCAGCUGUCACUGCGGCUGUCCCGGCGACGCGCCGCCAGCCCCGCGCCGGACGGAAAGGCGCCCGCCGCAGAGACCGAUCCGGCCUCCUUCCAGAAGGCGCGCAGCAAGAGCCUCAUUCGGAGGGCCUCGCGCAAGAAAGCCAAGCCGGCCGAGAUGACGGACGACCAGUGCGGCGUGCAGUGACCGGGGUCGGCGGUAGAUGGCGCCGGCGUCGCCCCGUCAAACGCACACCAGAUGGGAGCACUGUCGCGGUAUUCCGGGGGGAGUGACAGGCCCGGUAGUUGUAGUUCGAUAGGUCACCGCUAGGCGGCGGGGUGACUCGGUCCACCGCGGUUGAUGGGCGAGGAAGACGAGACGCGAUUUACGGGAAAACUACAACUUGACGACGGAUAGGCGAACAGCGGCAUGCAUUCUGCAGCAAACACCAGGCUGCAGGGCUGUGACCUUUGCCAACUCUGGACAAACGACGCCAAGUUGCCCUUACUAACUCUUGGCAAACUCAUGGCCAACUCGCGACAGACUGGUGUCGCAGAAAAAAAAAGAACUUAGAGGAAGCUGAAUCGGUGACACUGCUAGGAGAGAGCCCUAUAUCACUAAGGUCAUUCGAGGUUAAGUACGACUCCCUAAUCGACAACUUAAAUCAGCGAAUAUCAUGAUAAGCGAUUUGGUCCAUAUUUGGAACGUGUUGAGUUCUGAGGAAUAUUUGCUGCCUCGACCGUGAUAGGCGCAGAUGGCGUUUGACAAUGACGCAAACUGACGCAUAGUGACGACACAUAGUGACCUACAGGUGCGUGUGGUGACACAAUGCGAACGAUUGGCGACUCCUCACAAUAUUUGGUGCCGUUUUCUGACUUCAGGAGCCCGGAUGCGCUGAUUUGAGAGAGCGCGGCUGGUGCUGAUGCGAGGCUGGGGCCGAAGAUCGUGGACGCCGAUGUGGACUCCGAGGUGGACGCCGAUGUGGACUCCGAUGUGGAAGGUGCACCGCCGCGGAGUGGACUCCGUGUGGACGAGGCGCUCACAGGUCCAGUCGCAGCGGUGUGAACUGUGGACUGUGGAAUAUCAUACUGUGAGCUGUGAGUUGUGAGCUGGCGGUCGAUCAAUAUGGACUCAGUGUGGAAAUCUGUACAUAUACGGACCGUCAGUCGAGGUCGAUUAGGGCUCUGUGUGGGGACGUUUACACAUGGACCUAUUCUAGAGAGUUUGUGACGGUUUCCGUGUCAAAAUAUGGACCGUCUGUCACUCCGUGAAAUGACUUGACACUGGGAGGAGAAACGUAUCACAGAAAACGUCCCCACCUAUAGCAGUGGAGUCCAAGUGUCAUUUUGCAGUUGUACUGCACCACUAAUGUGUUUGGUGUACACUUGUGUCAUAUGUGUUUUUUGUCUUUUAAUUGUACGUACCUUCUGCGAUGUGAUGUGAUCUCUCACCUCGUUGUUUUGUUUGUGUAAGCCAAUCUAAUGACAUUCCUAAUUUAGGCAUUUAUUUGACUGUCUUUAUUUGCUCAAAAUACGCACCGUUAAAAUGUUACAAAAUAAAAUAUAUUCAUAGAUUACAAUGCUAAAUAUCAGACAAAA